AUGGGCGAGAACCAGCCAAACACCGCCAGCACGGCAACGCAGCCGGCGCCCACGAUGCAGAUGUACAGGGAGGAACAGGCUCGGCUGAGGCAAAUGCUGGAUAAGAGAGCUGCCAUUGCCAGGAAGCUCGCCAAUAUCGAGGCCGACAUCGAGCAGAAGGAGACGGCAUAUCUCGAGAGUACCCCGAACGGAAAUAUCAUCGCCGGCUUCGACAACUACAUCAAGGGCACGGGCGCUGCCGCUCAGCGUCGCAAGGCUGGUGCUACAGAGCAGAACCGCGUCUUCUCGCGGUCCUCAGUCUCGUACCGUCCUGGCAGUGAAGCCACGACUCCCGGUUCGACUCCAGCAUCGCAUGCGCCCACGCCCAUGUCCACGUCUUUUAAGGAGGGCCCUAGCUCCAACCAUGCCACGCCAACGUCGGCGACGGCCUCGAAGUCGGGCAAGAAGAACAAGAAGCAGAACGAGGAAGACAGCGACCAUGACUCCCAGGCCCCGAAUAAGAAGCGCAUCAAUUUCGGAGCCGGACGCAAGUGA